AUGGCUCAAGAUAGACAAAAAUCCUACGCGGACUUAGGAAGAAAACCGGCAGAAUUCUCAGUUGGGGAAAAAGUUUGGUUGAAGGUUUCUCCCACUCGGGGAGUGAUGAGGUUCGGGAAGAAGGGAAAGUUAAGCGCUAGAUUUAUUGGUCCCUAUGACAUCCUUGAGAGGGUAGGAAAUCUGGCUUAUCGUUUGGCGCUACCGAUGGAGUUGGAACGAGUGCACAAUGCGUUUCAUGUGUCUCAGUUAAAGAAGUAUGUGCACAAUCCGUCACAUGUGAUUUCGCCUGAAGUGGUGCCCCUUGACGGGACUAUGUCUUAUGAAGAAAGGCCGUUCCGGAUCUUGGACUUCAAAACAAGAGAAACCCGCAGGAAGUCGGUGAAAAUGGUAAAAGUAUGGUGGUCCCAUCAUGGAGUGGAAGAAGCAACCUGGGAGCUGGAGUCGCCAUGCGGGAGCGCUAUCCUGAUCUGUUUACCUCAGACUACACCAUCUAGUUACACAUGGAGAUCAAGUGGUAGACAAAACUCUAAAGUUCCUUACAAUCCUUCAGGCAAUGCUAUAGAGAUGAUAACCAUGGCUGGAGGUGCUUGA